GGUCUAGUCUGACGUCACGGUAGCCCAGUUGGGUUAGGUUUUACGCUGGAAAUUCUCUAACGAAAAAAAAUUUUUUGUUUGACGAUUAAUGUUUUCCCUGUCGUGUCUGGCUUAUUGACCAACAGACUGGGACACGAAGCCCGCGAUAAAUAGGUGUAUCAAAGAUUCAAUAAAUUGUUGAAUUUAGUUGAAAAGGUGCGCGACCGCGAGGCCCAAUUUAUUGGUGUAUAUGAGAUUCUAAACGGAAAAUGAGUCGACAUGAAGGGGUAAGCUGUGACUCCUGCUUGAAGGGAAACUUUCGGGGUCGCAGAUACAAGUGCCUGGUGUGCUACGAUUAUGAUUUAUGCGCCAGUUGUUACGAGGCAGGUGCCAGUACAACUCGUCAUCUCACGGAUCAUCCUAUGCAGUGUAUUCUCACUAGGACUGACUUUGAACUGUACUACGGUGGGGAAGGUGUGAGUGUAGAGCAACCACAAUCCUUGACUUGCCCAUACUGUACAAGGAUGGGUUUCACAGAAGCCACAUUACAGGAACACGUGGCCGCGGAUCAUCCGGACACAACUUUUGAAGUGGUUUGUCCGGUUUGCGCAUCUCUGCCAGGUGGAGAUCCGAAUCACGUUAUCGACGAUUUUGCGAGUCAUUUGACACUUGAGCAUCGGAGCGGACCGAGGGAUUUAAUAUCUUUUCUAGACGAGCCAGCAUCCAGUCGUCACAGUGUACGACGGAUACCACAUCCGAAUAGAGGAAUCAGUGGUACGAGAGCUCGACGGUCCAACAUGCAUUUCAGUUCGUCAGGGGGACUCAGUCCCAGUAGUCGAGAUGGUAUAGAUCCAAUUACUGAAUUAUUGUCCCAACUGUCAGGUGUUCGUAGAACUGGCGUAACUGGACAAAGUUCUCAGCUGCAACAAUUACAAAUGCAAUUACAACUGGAACGUCAACAAGUUCGAGCGGCAAGGCAACUCGAACGACUGCCACGAAGACAAACUCAGAUGAUCGGUCUGGUGAGCGGAGGUGGCGCGAGUGCGGGAGGAAAUAGCGCCGGUGGAGGUGGCGGAAGCAACAGCGGUGGUCAUUCGGCUACAAUGGCUAGUGUCGUUGCCAACAGUACCGGAAGUAACAAUAACCCAGCUAAUUCUUCAAACCCGUCCAGCUCUUCGUCUUCGAGCUCCCAGAACUCUAUGUUCUUGCUGCCUAGAUGCAUAACGACGACUCUCUCGGACUCGCAACUGCAGAGCCUCGAGCGUGAGAGCGCCAAUCGGAGUCUUUUCGCUCGUGAGCUCGUCGUUGGCACGUUAUCCCAAACUUUGCCGGAGCUUACACAACAACAACAACAACAACAACAACAGCAACAGCAACGAGAUCAGCAGCAACAAUCGUCGUCCUCGUUUGUUCAAACACCGGCUUCGAGUACAACGACUGCUACACCAAGUCCCGAUACACCCAAUGCUAGUACCAAUAUUUCGACGAAAAAAACCCCUCUGCAGGAACCGAAAAGGGAUCAGGGCGGAACUGCAGUCACUAUUAAUAAAUCGGCGAUUCCAACGUCCGCUCAACAACAACAAACGCAUCUAGUUCAAGGGGCAAGUAGCGUUAGCUCUGGUCUCCCGAGUCAGGGGCUACCCUCCAAUCCCAACGGCAUUGCUACGUCGCAGAACAAUCCCAUUGUUCAAACGCUAAUGCACAGCGUUUUACCUCCACCCCUGGUAUUGCAGCAGCCACUGCCACCACCGAUAAGAAACACGGGAACGGGAACGAUCAGAGAAGCGAUAGCGACACCGGCACCGGCGUAUAUGCGCGGUGGUGUUGGCCCGGUAGGUGUGACCGGAACAUCGCGUAGAAAGCCAGUCCGAGCCGUAGACGGAAGGAACCAAUCUACGGAGCCACCUCCGCCUCAUUAACCCCAUCCUAGCCACCGAAUGCCCAAUCCCGACCCACCUUCUCCCAAUCACACAGGCCCCUCCUAGCACUAGUCCUAGCACUGUUUAGAAAACACCUCAUCAUUGUUGUUAUUAUUAUAAUAUUAUAUAUUAAUUAUUUCGAAAUAUCCCAUUCCCCCUAACCCCGCCCGUCCCGCUCGAAUCAUUCGUCACAAAGCAUAUACAAACAAAAAUCAACAAACUCAAAAACCACAACACCGAGUAAUCUUCCCUUGUUUUACUCUUGGCAAGAUUUUGCGCGGUGGUAUCAAAGUUAAACGAAAAAAAAAAACAAACACCACAACAUCGAGUAAAUUUUUAACGUUCAUUUCUUGGCAAGAUUUCGAGAUGAUAUUGAAGUUUGUAUCGCUUGAAUGCAGCGAAAAGCCUCACUGUUAUUUUCUCAUUUACAAAAUUACUUAAAUUUUUUCUCAUUUAUUGCAGAUUUCGUCUGAUUAUUUAAAACAAAGACUGAAAAACAGUUUUAUCAUACUUCGUAGUCUAAAUCUGCAAAAUAUUAAACUUCAAGCAAUUGCUGGAACGAAUUGAUAUGAUAUUUUCCAUGCAGCAGAACGAUACGAACGUCAAAUUCAUAGUUCGAGAAGAUUUUAACGAAAUAUAUAUGCAAAAUAUCAUCUUUACUGCGGUCAACUUUUCCCCACGACCCUCCCCUCCGAAAGCCUCUUCUUCCUGAUCCCUCUGGCUCGCGCGGCAGGUGUCCCUUGUUCAUCGAUGACUCGUCGAUGACUAAACGAAUGUACAUAAAUCACUUGGAAGUCGGGAGCGCGCGCAUUCUUUUAUCUUCUUUUUUUCUUUCUUUUUAAUUUAUCUCUCUUUCGCGCUUAUUCAUUUUUGCGAGGAGGAAGGUCUUGCCAAUUUUCUUCCGAAGCUUGAAUCAUUGAUGAAAGUGAGAGAGACGGAUAUAUUUACAAAUAUAUAUAUAUAUAUAUGUACGUAUUUUGAGUCGUGGACAUUUAAUCAUUAGAGAAACAACGUGUCGCGGCUUAAAAAGGAAUUAUUGCCGUUGAGGUAAAACAACAAGAGUCCUUGAGAAAUUGUCCCAGUAAUUCGUAUCAAGAAUUUGAAACUUAAUAAUCACUCUCGUAUAGCGUUAACGCCCUCUCUUCUUUUCUUUUUCGAUUAUAUUUUGUAUAGUCAAAAAUGUGAAACAUUACGAUUCCCAAUUUAUUUUUUCGGUGUACGGGAGAAGAUUAUAAAUGAAAUCGAAUAGCCGAGCAAACACUUCUGAGCUUGCUCUCUUUUCUUACACCACCCUUUAAUAAGAGAAAAUGGAAAGAAAUAAAUUUGUAUAGAAGUAAGUCUUAUAGCCUAGGGGCAGACGAGAGAUGGUUUUGUGAUUUUCCUUCGAUAAGAUACGAACUGUCCAACUUUUAUCUUUCUGUCUCUCUCGCUAUCUCUGUUUUUCUACUCCUUUCUCGAACGGAUUAACGAUCAACGUCAUGUCUACUGGUUAUUUUUUUAAAUCAUUGCAUUUAAUUGCAAAUUCAUUUUUCUCUUUUGUUUUACGUCUUCUACUCAUACUGUCCUUAUACGUCUUUAUUUUUGUGUAAUAUUCCCCCGCAUGUGUGAGUGUAAAGAAGAAAAAAGCCGUCAACUUGGAGCAAUUUGAAGAUGGAAAAAGAGUUAUGUUCGAAAGAAAGCAUUAAUAAAGAAGCAGAGAAAUAAUUAAACUUAGAAUUAAAAGUGAAAAACAUUGAGAAGUAUCCAGAGAGUCGUAACAUUUUUUGAGACAUUUUUUUAAACGUUUCGGGGUCAUCGUCCCUCUGCCAACAAUCUUCUCCGGAACUCAGUUGUUUUUUUUUUCUUUUUCAUUCAAAUUAAUCAAGUGAACCGUCGCUUUACUUUUAUGUAGAGGGGCAGGGGGAGCGGGAUUAUCAACAUAGGACUCGAUUGUAGUUUUUUUGGCAAAAAUGUAACGCUUCGAUAAUAAAACGAUAAAAAAUGGAUAAAAGCAUGUUCGAAAAGAGUUUACGUGUGCAUGCAUGUGGAAAAGAAAUACGAAAGACGUCUACGGUUCUUCGAUCGAUUGCAUCGAUUCUAAAAUUUGUAAAACAAAACAAAAACUCAUUCAUCACUGUUUUCUUCACCUAAUUCAUGUUCGCCGAUUUUUUUUUCAUCAUGUCAGUAAAAAAUCUUUAAAACGAUGCAAUUUUCGUCUACAUACGCUCGCAGGAUUUAAAACGAAUUUUCCAAACUAUUUCACUCGCCAAAGAACGAUCAACGAGUAAUUUUCAUAGCCGUUUGCUCCAUUUAUUACAUCAAAAUUCCGACACAUUCAAUCGUUUCUUUUCUCGUUGCCUUAUUUAUUCAAAUUAUACUCACGAAUUCGGAGAUUAAAAAAAAAAAAUUUUUCGGAACAAACCGUUCAGAGCGAACGAUUAGGUAGGAAUCAUCCCUCAAGAAUCUGUAAUUGUCAAUAUUCGUGGCGUGUUUCCUGGUCUGUGAAAAAAAAAAAAAAACCAGCAACAGGAAUCUCAUUGCACCAAAAUUCUUGACCGUUUAAAAUCAUCGAUGCACGAGCGUAAACGAUAAAUUUAAUGGAUUCCUAACUAAAAUUCUCGGCGGAUCCUUUCUCCUUUUCAAAGCCUGAGUCCAAGUGAAAAUCUCUGUUACUCAUCAAUUCUUUUUUCUCGGUGAAUGUGUACAAAUCGCUUUUCGAUUUGUAUGUACUAUAUAUAUAAAUAUAUAUUUUACGUACCGUUGUCUCGCUUAUACAUACGUAUAAAAUAAAUAAGGGAAUCCGAACGAGACAUAACCGCAAAAAAAUAAACAAAAUAAACAAAAAGAAACAAAUUAAUAAAAAAAAAAAAAACGAUGUGCUAUUCUGCUGGAUGCGUGCGAAGAUGUACGAAGAAAAAGUCGUAAAAUCAACGACCGCGCUGUGAAAAGAUGAAUAUGUUUGGAGAGGAAUAAUAAUUGUCUAUAUUAAAAAAAAAAUUUAAAUAAAAAACCGCGCAGGGUACCGAUUCUAUUGACGGGCUCUACAGUAAGAAGCAAAAAAAAAGAAAAGAAAUGCAAACGAUUCGAUUUCAUACAUUAUCGAUAAUUGAUUGCUAUUAAUUAACGUGAUUCUUAUAAUUAUUAUUAUUGUCAUUAUUAUUAUUAUUAUUAUUAUUAUUAUGGUUAUUAUUAUUCAUCAUUAAUACUACUAACAAUUUAAGGCUUGUAUCUAGAUAGUGUGUGGCCAGCGACGUAACCAAGAGACGAUGUGAGCAGGGCCAGGAUUGUAAUAUAUACAUACGAUUAAUAAUUUUUAAGCGAUUGAAUUCACUGACGACGCGAGAGUCGUCUUUGUUGAAAGAAGCACGAUAAAAGAAUGAAAAUAAUGAGGAACGAUGGAAAGAAACGAAAAAGUAAAAAUGAAUCGCGGCGAGCUGUGUAUAUUCAGGCGCUUUUUCACGUAGGGGGAUCGUAGGGUUCUUUUCGUCACUAUCAUUUCGAUAAAAUACGUACUAUUAUUGAACAAAAAAAUAAUAAUAAAACAAAAGAGAGGAGGAAGAAGAAGCAGAAGAAAAACAGCGCGCGUGAUUUUAAAAUGCGAAUAAUAUUCUGUUAUAGUUACGAAAAUGUGUGAACCACGAGUGAAUAAUACCAACCAACGACGAAGAUUAUCAUGACGAUGGUGUGAUGAGCAGUCUGCAGACCUGUUAUUAUAUAAUUAUUAUAGAGAAUUCAAGUGGAAAAAAAAAACAAAAAUCUUACACAUAAUAAUUAAUUGAAGAAAGAUGUAAAUUGUGUUUAGUUGUAUUUUAUGUUACACACGCCUCUGAUGCUGAAUAUAAUGGAAAUUCAAUCAA